CUGCUCCCCUCACAGGUUCGUCCGCCUCCUUGCGCUCUCGUUAUCCCACCCCUCGCUCUUUCCCCACCCUCCCCGCUCCCUCCCCUCCCCGCUCCCCGCCCCCGCCGGCACUGCGGAGCCGCAGACGUGACCCGAGCGGAGCCAGCCGCGGCCUUUCCCCGCUGCGCCAGCCUCUCGCCGCAGAAUCGCAUGUCAUCUAUCCAGAACCUCCAAUCCUUCGACCCCUUUGCUGAUGCUACAAAGGGUGACGACUUACUCCCGGCAGGGACUGAGGAUUACAUUCAUAUAAGGAUCCAACAGCGAAACGGAAGAAAGACUCUAACCACCGUUCAGGGAAUUGCAGAUGACUAUGACAAGAAGAAACUUGUGAAAGCCUUCAAAAAGAAAUUUGCUUGUAAUGGUACUGUGAUUGAGCAUCCUGAAUACGGCGAAGUUAUCCAGCUUCAAGGUGACCAGAGGAAGAACAUCUGCCAAUUCCUCUUGGAGAUUGGCAUUGUCAAGGAAGAACAACUGAAGGUUCAUGGUUUCUAACCCACCUCUACUCCCAUGAAGAAUCCUGCAGUGUUUGGUCCUACCCAGCCUGGCUCUUCUGUGAAAAAUGUAUCUUUGCAGUGAAUGGACUUCCCUAUUACCUCACCAUUCUGAAUUGGUUUCAGAUUUGCAUGACUGUGUGAAACAUGUGGUGUGUAGACUAGAAACACAUAAGAAAACUCCAGUAAGGUGGUAAUGAAGACGCUUGUGAACUUCAGCACAUUUCCAAUGGAAAUGUUUUAGUGAUGAUUGUUCAGUUGACUGUUUUCACCUGACUUAACUGUGUGGGUUGUAUUAAAAUAGUGUGUGGUGUUGCUUAAAAAAUAAAAGUUGAUUCAUGUAUUUUCUGGGAUAUCUGAAAUGCUUUAGCUUAAGGUUUAAACUAGUGCAGCAGCCUUACUACAGAGUGGCUGAAGUGUUUUGUGGCAAGUAUAGCUCACUGCUUACUGAAAAAAAAAUGGCAAAUCUACAUGAAGUAUUAGCUGGUGAAUCAGUAGAUUAGCUUGAUGCAAUCUUAUGCUGUAGCUGUAAGACUAGAGCUUUAAGUCUUUUAUGUAGGUGUAUCUUAAUAGCAGCAUGAUAAGAUGUUCUUUGUUGAGUAGCUGAAUCUUCUCUCCAAAAUUUACUGCAGUAUGUAGUAAUGGUGUUAAGCGUAGUAGGACUAACAUAAGUUCAUCUACUUAAAGCUGCUAUUACUGAGAGUAUAUUAAACAUCUGGGUCUUGAAUGCUUCUCCCAAACCAUUUGACUUUCACCUCUUCUGUCAGAGUGAAGGGGAACGGUACUGAGUUGGAUUCUGCAAUGACUGAGCAUUUAACGUUGGCUGCCAGAGUACUUCUAUUAGCUGGUAGUGUUAGCUGCAGAAGUGAGGAAAGGAACAGGCUCUUCACUAAGCUUUUUUUUUCUGGUGAGAAAAGUUUGAAUAUGGAGGAUUUUAUUGGGUUUGGAUGUUACUAGAGAAAGCUGAUUUAGGCUUUAUUCAGUGUUACAGUAGAGGUGUUGGGGUUUUUUUUUUACCAAGCUCCUCAUCUAGUUUUAGUUAGCUGUAGGUAUUUAGUGUUUUGAGUGCAAAGCAGGUCUCUUAACGGAAUGAAAUGACUUCAUCUGGUGAAUGUGGAGGGAAAAAAAUUGAUUACCAAACUAGACAUCAAGAAUGUGAGAAACUUUCCUGUUUAUUACCACCUGUGUUUGUACUCUUCAUGUUCAGAGGCAUGUUCAAAACAAAUGCUCAGUUGUAACCCAUCAGAACAUUUUUGGAUUGAUGACUUCAGGUAAGAACCUUUAUGCCACUAACAACAAUUGGGGGAGCACUGCAGAUCAUUCGUAUGACAUUUUUGUGCUCUGUGGUUUAGAUAAUUGUAAGAAUCCACUGUUCUGUCUCUUUCAAUUUCCACACGUUCUUCCUGGUGUUACAGGCCUUUCUGUUCCAGAAGGGUGUCCCAGAAGAGAGAAUACAAUUAAGGUGUCAUGUGCUUAGGAUGAGGAGGAAAAGCCUCCUGUAAACACAGAAUAUCAACACAUGGAACUAAAAUCCAAAGAAUGACAACCAUUACGCUAGUCUUGCACAUUAGUGAGGUAAAAUCAUUGUUCCCCAAGUUUACCAAGUCCCGAUUCACAGGUGAUUAAUCCUUUGGUGUGUGUAGCACUUAAUGAUCUUCAUUUUAUCAAAUCCUGGAAAAAGACGUUUUAUUUCAAAGCUUGUUCUGUUGCCCAAGGGGGGGAGGAACACAGUAUAGUCUUCUGUUUCACUGAUACUACAUGAGUACUUGUAGUGGGUUUUUGAAUUGGAGAUUACCAGAUGAUUAGCAAGUCUCAUGUGUUACUGAGUCAGUCUUCAUUUCAAAUGAUGUUCUGUUAACUUUCAUUACCUAAGCUGAGUCAUUUCUCUGUAGUCAUUCUACUUGAAAUAAAUAAGAAACUUUAUUUUGUUCCCUUCAUUUAAGAGUGCUUUCUGAAAGGAGGAGUCUUGAGUUGAUAGGUGGCUUGAUUUUUAUGCUGUACUGGUGGAGCUGCUUGUGCUUUGACCUUUGAAGAAAAAAAGCGAGAGGGAAUAAGUAGUACAUUUUAAGUUCAAAUUGUUGGGAUUUGUUGUUGCAGCAAGCAAAAAUUCAUCUUGUUAGAAAGAAUGCAGGAAUUUGUCCUUGAACUGUUUAAAACUAGCGUCACGAUGAGAUUGUAGCUAACCAUGUUACAAACAUGGCUUCUUCUAGAGAAAAGGCUUCCACAAUUUCAAGCUCUAUUGUCCUGUAUUGAAAUGUCUGUCAAAAUGCAGACUUGAAAUGCAGACCCUUGUUCCAGGAAAGCUGAAGAACACGACUAGAAAAAAUUGCUAUUUAGGUUACUGCAUGGGAAACAUAGUUCCACAGUGAAGCCAGUGUUCAGACUUUGUCCCAAAAUAAAUUAGAAAAUAGGAUGUUGCCUGUAAUUACUGAGGCAGGAAAAGGGAGCUAGAAAACACUUCUAAACCUGCAGGGACUGAGGCUGUGCAAGCUCAGACUGCAGAUAGUUGUGUUUUCUUCUGUUGUAAUAUUGUAAAGCCUCUACACUCUGUAUCUCCAGGAUUGCCUCCUUGAAGAUACCGAGGUUUAACUGCUAGUUGGAGUUGGGUGAGGAACUGCUGUUUCAUAGCCUUGCUAUGCAUAGGUAUAUUAGGCUAUUAUAGCUGGCCAGUAAGCUGAAGUAAGCUGUUGUAUGCUCUGAACAGCCAAUUCCUAUAAUUUAUCUAUACAGCUGUUGAAGGAGAGCAUUGCUUCCCAAACUCUGGUAGCAGUCAGUAUUUGUAGAAGGUAGUGGUUUAAGUCUGUAAGCUUUCCGUUCUCAGGCACUUGACCUGCCCAUGUGGUCUGCCAAGUCUGGCCCUUUGUUUCAGAGACAACUGUGAGGAGCACAGCUAUGGGCAGAUGAGCACUAACUUUCCCGAGCAAAAAACCUUUGAAAAGGAGUGCACAAAUUGAACCAAUGAAUACCAUGUGCACAAUGGCAUUGCUUAACAUCUCCUUUCCUGCAAUAUGGUCUUUGUACAGCCUAAACGAAAAGUGUUCUAUUCUGGAUAACAAUUUGGAGGGGGAAAACAGAACACAAAACCUUAAGAAAUAAGCUCGUCUCUUUAGUCUGCCAUAAUUAGUUUAGGUUUUCCUGGAGCUGACUUCUAGCAUUGCUAUUUCUGUUUGUGUAUUUUUUAAAACACAUAACAGAAUUUCCUCGAGAGCUUGGCAUUUAAGGUUUUAAAUGCAUCUAAAUUGUAAUGCAUCAUAAAAGUUGUGAGAAGUUGUUGGGAGUUUAUCUUACAUAUCUGAAAACUAAGCAGAAUUCUGCAUUUGUCCUCUUCUGCCAUCCUGACUGUAAUCACUAUGCUGAUGCCUUAUAGAUGCAUAAUGUAUUCACAAACCACCAGUAAGCAGGGGUGAGGCAGUGCCCCCUGCUGUAACACGUCCUGGUUAUAGUUUGUGUAAGAUCUCACGUGCUGCCCUGUUACAGACUGUGCUGCUCUAAUCUUACAGUAUAGGACAGGUACUUCAAGUUCCAGUCAACAGUUCUUAAUCCUCCUGGAAGGCUCCAGGGUACAGAGUUUUCACUGACACCCUUGUUUAAUUUGGCUCAGCCUUAUCUCUUAUUAUGUGAAUAUAUGUAUGAGACUAGUAUUUAUAAAGUUAAAGAAUGUGACAGGCCAUUUGAUAAUUAUUUGGACAAGUCGUAACCUGUAUUAAAGUAUUGCUAGAGAGCUGAGACAACAAUCUUUUGAAAUAAAAUGUACCAAUGUU